AUGCUAUCUCAGACCCAUCCAAGAGUUACGGUAUCUUUUACCCUAGAUCACUCAGAUGAUGUAACGAAUCAGUCUGUUUGGAGGCCGGGCGCGCCGCCGCCAACGUGUGGCAGCGCGCGCAGCCCGGGCGCACCACCGCCGCCGCCGCCGCCACCCCCAGUGUGGACCCCCGGCAGUGCAAGUGCUUCGCCCUUGACGCCGCGGAAGAACUUCCAUCCUGUCCAUUUCGAGGAAACUCCUCCCGCCCGCCGUAAAUUUGGGAACUUGGAGCAAAACGGUUGUACAAGUGGUUCGGAGAGCGAGGGUCGCUUGAGGACCUCUCAGAGCGCGCCCGUGACCGGCCUCAGCACCCUAGGAGGCGCCAACGUCACGAGUCGUCUGCCCAAGGCACAAAAUCCUACUGUUACACUUUUACAGAAGGCACGAGAAGGGCAGCUUUACCGGGUUUCAAAUAGCGUCCAACAGGAACGAGACGCAGCUCGUCUCCCACGUGAUAGACCCUUUCCACCUAAAGGAGACCCAGUGCAUGAGCUGAGAAAAGAGUACGCAAGUGAAAGUGAGGCCGAAAGAAGAGAUUACGAACGCGUUGGCAUACGUAAGAUGGCGGAUGCCAACAGAAAAGUCGAAGGAAUAGGUCCAAUCACCAGAGACGGAAUGCCUGUCGCACUUAGAUCUGAAGUGAAAGACCCUUCUAGGUGGUACAAAAAGAUGUACGACACUAUUCACAAAAAUAAAUACGACGACGAUUAUGUGACAAUUCGAUACAAAAGUCGGCGAGGACAACCGCCAGAACGGGUAUCAAGUAACAAAUCCCAAUACGCAUACUUUGACCCCCGAUCUGGAUACCUGAGUGAGCCGGAAGGGGGUCUCAGCAGACUAGGCUCUAGCACCUGGAGUGAUGCCUACGAUAGUGACGUCACUACUGGGCCGAGGAGGCGAACAGCCUCUGUGCAGGAAGAAAGAAGAUACAGUGAAGCUUCUUCGCCUUAUACGCCUAGUAAUAAUAAGUACAGUACGUUAGCAUCAGCGCGGGCUAGUCAAGAAGUCUACAAAAACCAACCAGGAAGGAUAGAGAACUAUGUGCCGGGCAGGUCAUCAGUUAUUGACAAAGAGUCUAAACAGUGGUGGGACGAGGUCAUGGACAUUUUUGAUGGGCAAAAUGUUUCAAGCACGACGUCCCUGCCACAAGCUUCACCCAAAGAUAAAAAAGAUCUAACAGCUACAAUCUUGUCAAAAUCGAAUAUGGCGAGAGCGCUGAAGGAAUCUGGAUACGAAUCGGACUCCACACUGGUGUUCCGUCGUCGUGAAGACACAGACGGUCCCCUUUCUCCGGCAGAGAGGCGCGCAGCCUAUCGCGAUCUACAGGCUGGAGGAGAACCUCCACUUAGAGGAUUCCGGUCUCCAGCACCACCUAGGCAAGACGAAUCGGAAAUCGAAUAUAUUCCGAUUUCAUCCACCUUGACGAAGAUAAGAGUUCAUAAGAAAACACCUAAAGUUCAUGAAGUUAUAUGCUACCCAAUAACGCGCAUAGAAACAGAAGAACAAGCUAAAUUUAAGAAAUUGCUUCCGUCUUUCUUGAGCAUUGACGUUACAAGUAAUGUUUCUGAUUAUCCACCUGCUCCGCCUAGACGAAUUUCAUCAAAGAACAGCCGAACGCUAAAAUUUGUCACUUCAACAAGACCUGUGUCUAGCUCUCCAAAAAGAACUGCGGUGUCACAUUCCCGAUCAAACGUUGAUUUUCUAAAAGACAAAAUCAAUUUAAAACUAUCUCGUCAAAAUACACAGAUUUUAUCUAAAGGAAAUCAAAGUGCAACUGACAAAAAACCUGUUGUUGAUCAGAAAAUGGUAAGAUCCCGAAUAAUGUCUACAUCUGCUCCACCUACUAUAAAUAAGAAGUGUAAUCAAACUAUAACAACAAAACCAUUGAUAAAAAAUGCCAGUGGGGAUACUAAAAGUACUGGCACAAGUAGUUUUGGUUCAUCUCGAAGAACCUUGCUACCAAUAGAAUAUACUAACACUAUACACAGAAAAUACGGCGAACCUCACUCAACUGUCGUAAUAGAAGGAGGUGCUGGAAGGAAAACACCCAUUUCGAAUAUUCUUGAUAAAGUUACAUCUUUAGAUAAACUAUGGAGUGCUGAAAAAAGAAAUGAACGCAUUGAUUUAACUAAAGUUAGAGCUAAAUCUUUAAGUAAAGAUAGUGUUUCUAAACCUGCAUCAACAAAACCAUAUACAGCUUCAAACUCUAAAUCUAUAUCACCGACGGGUACUCAUAAAAGUAGAGACAUGAUCCGAACGGCAGAAAAAGUUCAGAAACUAAAGAUAUCAAAAUUAUAUACUAAAUCCAACCCCUGUCUAACGACUAAAAGUGAUCUAAAAAACACUAAACCUCUUCAAUCGUCCUCUAAUAUUUCGAAAUCGUCCUUAAAUAUCUCAUCAAAUUUAAAGAAGCAAAAUCAAGUGAGAACUGCAGUAGUGACCAACUUAAAAAAGAAGAAAUCGUUGGAAAGUAUUGUACUUAGACCUAGAAGUGUACCCUGCCACGAAUCUUGUAGUAAAAAAAUUAAAGAUAAUAGUAAGAACACAAAAAAAGCUUCAAGAAUUAAAUGUAAUAAAAAAAACGUUUUGAAACCUAGUGAUGAAUCUGAAUCUGGCAGUCAGUUUGGUGAUACUUCAUGCUAUGACGCUUCUAAUUUAAGUUCAUCUGAAAACUUAAGUACUAAAAGAAUUAGUACAAAGGAUAUUAAACAAUCCCAUGACGCUGUGGUGUCCGAUUCGUUUUUUAGACAUUUAUUUCUUGGAAGAACAUAUACACCUAUUACUUCAUGUCCAAUAUCAGAGCCGAGCACUACAGUCCUUCAAAAAGCAAAACUGUUUCAGUCUCAUCCUCAAGAUAAUAAUUCACCAAAAUCUUUAAACACUUAUUUAAUUCAUAGAAAACCGGUUUCUAUGUCUCGAUUUAAAAUCUGGGAUAGCCAUAUAAGUCCUACACGAGUACAAAGCCCUCGAUCUAUUUCUUGGCCAGGUAGAGUACAUGGUGAAAUUCGUAAGUUUGAUAGUUUAUCUAAACGCGAUGAAUAUGGAUCGACAUCGUCACUAGCAACAGUCAGGACUCGGAGUGAACCGCCAUGUAAUAAAAUUUACUUUUCACAAACAUCUCGACCGAAAUCACCUACUGUCUUGUUUUAUAAAAAAGAAAAACCCAAAGAAACUCAAGUUAGAAGUUUUAUAUCACCAAAUAGAUUGGUUUUUAAUCAAAGUCAAAGGUCAGUUUCUCCAAAAUUACUUAGUGGAAAACAAGAAUUACUUUCACAACCAAAACAAAAGUCCUCAUCUCCAUCGAAACUAAUAUUCACUGAAACGGUUAGACCGAUUUCUCCAGUGAUUUUACGUCAUUCACCGAGCCUUGAAGUAAUGGAAUUACAAUCUAGUAACGAGAAAUAUCCUUCGACAAUGUUUUUUUCUCAAACCUCAAGACCAGUCUCGCCAAAAGUGACAAAGAAAAAUGCUUCAGUUAGUAGAAGUCAUUCCACCUCACCUAUACCUAUAAGAUCGCCAUCAUAUCGCCGUAUACAUAAUGCUCGUUUACAAGGGAAUAGACAGUAUGCAGAUACAAUACCAAAAAGCAUUUUUCGCACACGUAGCGCUGGUGAUGCUGAGAGAAAAAUGUUAAAUAAUAAUUCUCCAAUGCAAACCAAAAGCGAGUCUAAUUUACAUACAGGUGAUCCUGAUUAUGAUGAAUACGUACGUGACAUGCAAAAUACGAAAGUGAGGUCGGAAAGAUUUAGAGAACUUAAUAGAUACUAUGUUUAUCUAGAGCGAGUAGCAGAAUUGGAAAAAACGACGUCUACUAGUGAUUUACAUCAUAGAAAGAAAGAUGAAGAAAUAAUUGAUUUCGAUCGUUGGAAGAAAAUAAGAGCAAUAGAACGAGCUGAAGAAGAGUUAAAUCAUCUUUAUCAUAAAUUGAAAAUAGCUCAAUCCGAGAAUGAUGUCCUAUUUUACCCUAGAGACUUAAAAGAUUUUCGAUGGAGUCACGAUGCAGAUAGAGGUUUGCGUAUAAAAGAAAGAUCUGUUGAAGAUCUUAAAGAUCAUUUCCAGCAAAUAACACAUUACGAUUCUCUUGAACUUGAUCAAGCUUCCUCGAAAGAUACUUAUAAACCCUUGUGGCGAGGAACAAGUGUAGCAGAAACAGCAUUUUAUAUCAACAAGAAAAAUGAUAAUGCGGUAUCAAAACAACGUAUAACUAUUAAACCAACAGUAACCUUACACCACGAUUCUUCACUUAAUGAUCUCCGUAAAAAAAUAGGUCUCGGGAGUCGCUUAUGGAGUAGUCUGUCUAUGGAGCAGGUGAAUGCGCUUAAAAAUCAACUUAAUGCUAUUUAUAGUAAGGAGCUACAAAAAUCAAACAAAGAAAGUGAUAAAUAUACAAUUGAUGUUAAAAAUGAUAAAACUGAGACUAAUUCAACAUUGCAUGUUAGAUGUAAUUCACUAAUUACUAGUGAUUAUAUCUCAGAUAAGGAGAAACCAGGUAAACUCGCUAAGUCGGAUUCCAUAGCUGCAAUUUCGUGUCCAAUUACAUCAGUUAAGGAAUUGAAAAAUAAUGUAAACAAAAUUCAAAUGAACCUUAGUGAAAAUGAAAAAAGGAAAAUUUCACAGACUCUGAGCAAAGAAAUUUUAGAUAGAAUAAAUAAAUUUGACACUCAAACACCACUUUCGCUGAAAGAAGAAAUUGAAAACAUCGAAAUCAAAGACCAAAUUUCGGAAGAUAUAAAAGACACAGUUUUACCAUUAAAUAACACAUUAGCAAAAGCUGUGACAGACAGUUCCAUAGACGACAAACCGGGACAUGUUAUUUAUUCAAUUGAAAAAGUUGAAACUCCUUUCCAGUCCUCAGCUAGUGAAACUGAAACUGCUAGUUCCGAUAUAUCAAAUAAAACGGUAAUUUAUCGAGGCCCAAAAAAAGAGGUACAAAAAAAAGUUCAAUAUUUUGAAUCAGUAGAAAAAAACUCUGGUCAGACAAAAACCAUAUACCAUGCCAGAGAAAAUUCUAAUGAAAGUGAAAACCAAAAGCAACCCAAUUCAGAUACAACGAUAGUGCUUAAAGACAUUCAGUCAAAAUAUUCUCAAAUUAAAUCCACAGAACCUCAGAAAAAUCAAAUAGUUCAAUCGCAGUCUUGUACGAAUUUCAAAGAGCUAUUCGGUGAGAGCGAAAAAAAUAAAUUCUUAUCGCUUCCUUCCAAGCCCGAUCUAUAUUCUAGGUCAACUUCACCUCAUUCAGAAGUAUACAUUGCCGAUAGACGAACGCCCGACACGCUACACUGUUCAAGUGACGAGACAAUUUGGCGUAGUCGGAGCCCGUCACCCGACCCGGAAAGAUAUUGGCGUGCAUACCUUAACCUGGCGCGAGCGGGUGAAGUACGCCGUUUAGCCCGGCGAUUUGACUCUCCUUCAGCGACAGGGGCUGUAUUGCGUAGAUACCGCAGUGAUCCAGAAAUUGCGAGAAAUGCUUUCUCAGCUUUUGAAAAGCAUACAUCGCGACGCGAUAAAUGUAAAGUCUUGUUGCCUGUGGCACGGGUGCCACUGCGGCCUACAAACCGAUUUAUGCCCCAUAUUGACAUUAUAUCAAAACUAGCUGCACUUAGGAGAAGAACUACUCCGCGGUCUAGAUCUGCAGAAGAAGCGUUAGAAUGCCGACCCGGAGAGGUAGGCCGUAUUCGACGUAGAUUUGAAACCAUGUCUCUCCUUGGACAGAUAUAUUCUUCAGCUCCUGACGUCAGUGAGUUACACGAUAUCGCUCCAUAUUUAGCAGGUUCGUGGAUAGCACAUCGUUACCCUAAAUGUAGUGAUAAUAACAGAUCCGCUGAAAAUCCAAAUAUGUUAGUACGUGAACAAACAUCGCCGGUCAAAAAAGAAAUUAAGAAAAUCACACCAAAGGAAUCCAUCAAAUUGAGCUCUAUUUUAAAAGGAGAUACAUUUGCAAACCAAGAGUUUAACCCAGAAGCCCAUCGGCCAGCCAGUCGUUAUGAACCGCCACGCGCUCCACCGAGACCCCCUCCUGCUUCGUGGCCCCAACGUCUUUCACCCUACGUCACACCAUCGAAACAUACGUGCAGUAUAAACCACGUAAGUGAAGUGUCAAAUGGUGAAUCAGUGAAAAACAUAUUAAGCAAAAAAGUGAUCAUGAAGUCUGUUAUAAACCGUAAUAGUGACAUACCAAUACGAGAAGACAUUAUUUAUGAAGAUGAUGAAAUGUUUAAUGACGUGCCGAGUGCCGGUUCAUUAUCCAAAUCACUUAUUGCUUUAAACAAAUAUGUGAAAAAAAAUAUGCUUUAUGAUGAAUCAGAAGAAUUUGAUAACGAUAGUGCCUUUUUUUCAAAAGAAAGCAGCCCUAACGAAUCUAGAACUAAAUACGAUUCAGACAGUGUAAAAAGCACAGAAUCUAUUGAAGGUGAUCAGUCGUCGAUUGAUAACUCUGGUGCUCCAAUAAGUUAUAGUCUAACUAGUGUCACACAGCUCACUGAUGACUACAAAUCUAUGCAGUUGCAAGAAAAAUCUUUUAACAAUUCAAACAAGGAUAUUGACACAACAGUACAUAACCUUCAUAACCAAAAUACAACAGAACCAGUAACUAAAUCCAACACUAGUCAAAGUUUAUCCACAUUUGAACCAGACCACACUUCAGCCUCUUUAACAAAUCUAUCAAAUAUUGUUGAAUCUGUACAAGAAAAUGACGAUCAGGUUGUUUUACGUAAUAAAUCAAGCGAAAACAAAAAAGCACAACAUCGUCACACUCUGCAUGAAUUUACAGAAUGGGGGAAUAGGACAAAUAUAUAUCCGGAUGUUUAUGCUCCAUUGCCAUACAAAUCCCCUCGAAGGUACGUGGAGAGCGACGUGAACAUUCACUACAGAUGUCCUGUGCGCCACGACCCUUUGCCACUGGUGCCCGAGCGGGAGCUGGCGCGUCAGCAAGCGGAACACAUGAAGAGGCUAUACAGGGAACAGAAGCGGAACAAAUAUUUGCAGGAAAAUAAUAUACAUCCCGAGGAUAUAGAGGCGUUCGAUACGUCAAUGAAGGAACUGCAGGACAUGCAAAACCGGCGCCAUCAGGACAAUUUUACCCCCUCGCAGAAGAACAUAAUUCCAAUGAACAGAUAUGACGAAGCUGAGAAAGUGAUUGCUAAGGCUUUGUACACAUUCAGUGGUCAGACAUCGAGGGAACUGAGCUUUAGGAAAGGAGAAAUGAUCCAUGUAAGGAGACAAAUCGAUGCUAAUUGGUACGAGGGAGAACUCCACGGCAGAAUAGGAUUGUUCCCAUAUAAUUAUGUUGAGAUCCAAAAAGGAGACACACUCCCAACAGCCAAGAAGCCCGCCGUCGUAGAGGGUCGUGCUAGAGCGAAGUUCGACUUCAUAGCGCAGACAAACCUCGAGCUACCUCUAAAGAAAGGUGAAAUUGUCGUGCUUACGCGGCGCAUUGAUCAAAACUGGUGGGAAGGCAGAAACAGCAACAAGACUGGUAUCUUCCCAGAUUCUUAUGUCACAAUACUACAAGAACCCAGUCCGAAUAAACCAGGACCGCAAUCAAUACUCAGUUCAGAUAAACCAGUGGCAUCGCCGGCGGCCCACGGACUUCUGAAUGGUUCCGCCAAGAGAAGCAUGGGAUCCCACAGUUACACCCCACAGCAAAAUAGUCCAGCUCUUUCCAAUGCCCCACCUUCCACACAACCGCUUCCAGGUUACGUAGCUAAGCCUGCGCAGGCGACGCUCAGCGCGUCAGAGCGCGGCUAUGGGCCGCCGAGCGGCGCGGGCGUCGACCUCAACAAUACCGAGCCCUUGUACGUCGACACCAAUGCGGAGGCCGUACCAUUCCGCGCAAUGUACAAAUAUCGUCCACAAAAUCCUGAUGAAUUAGAGCUGAAUGAAGGUGAUACAGUAUAUGUACUGGAGAAGUGUGACGACGGCUGGUACGUCGGCUCAAGCCAGCGAACGGGACGUUUUGGCACCUUCCCAGGCAACUACGUGGAACGCAUCUGA